AAAGGAAAAUUGGAAAAUGCUGCUAUAAUUUUAAACUAUACAUGGGAGACCAGCUAUGGUUGGCUCAGGGGUUAGUUGUUAUUACAGUUGCCUUAAUAUAGUUACUAUUUUAUAGUACAUUGUGCAACGAGGGGGGUAAGUGAAAUAUUGUACGAGAGUCUAUAUUCACGACAGCCGUAGGCUGGAGUGAAUUAAAGACUCGAGUAACAAUAUUCUUACGCCGGAGUUACACACAAUAUUUUUCAUCACACUUGCGAAGAAAAACUAAAUAUUAAGUGAAAUAAUUCUUAAAUUCUUAUGAGAAAAGAAAUAAAAGUCGUUCCUGAAUAACAAUUUUAAUUAGUUAAUCUAAUCCUCCUCGCAAAGGAACUAACUCUAUUCAGUUACAAAUUUAACUAAUUAUUUAAUGAAGUUCCCAACACAUGCUGUAUACUUAGUUCGCGCUCCCCGCGGGCCUUGUCUAUGUACUCGUAACUUGAAUAAUCUAGGAAACAAACUAGUGUAAUUACCUAGAAAUUGUCGUAGGGUGGCGGUAGAAAUCGGUAUUGUGUAUUUUGUGAAGUGGCUGACUUUCCACUUUGUAUUUUUAACCCUCGACGCAAAAAGCGGGGUGAUAUACGACUUAUAUGUUUGACGUCAAUGUCUGUCUAUCUGUCUGUCUGGGGCAUCGUAGCUCUCCAACGGAUGGACCGAUUUCGAUGUGGUUUCCUCACGUGAAAGCGAAUUUACUUUUUAUACAACGUUGAUGGCAAACAAGCAUACGACCCGCCUGAUGGUAAGCAGUCUCCGUAGCCUAUGUACGCCUGCAACUCCAGAGGAGUUACAUGCGCGUUGCCGACCCUAACACUCCGCACCCUCGUUAAGCUUUCUUUAAGUUGACUUGCGGCGGUUCUUAGCCAUGUUUGAUAGAAAUCGAUCCAAUAGUUUGAAGUGUAUCAGGUCUUUUCCAAAAUUAUGUAAGGCAGGUAAUAAUGGAUUUUUUGGAAAAUAGCAUAGAAGGUUGUCUGCGGUAUGUCUUAAAACGAAGGUUUUUGUGCAAAGGGCAGGGCACAUUGGUCAUACAGGGGACAAAAUUGCAAGGACAGGUUGGAUGCGAUCAGCACGUAACCGGCCGCUGAAGAGAUUAUUAAGGGAAGCCUUUGUCCAGAAAUGGACGUCUUUCGGCUGAUAUGAUGAUGAUGAUAAUGAAUAGUUAUGGAGGUGUAUUUGAAAGAAACCUAUUAGCGUACGUUAGCUCGUUGGAUGGAGAUUAGGAAAAUCGCGGGGCACUUUGCUCCGGAUCGGGAAAAGUGAUGGUCUGAGGACCUCACAUCAGUGUUUUUUCCGGGGUUUGCACUCAGGUUCAAACAUUAGUGUCUUUACUCGGUUCAAACCCCGGAAAAGACACUAAUGUGCGUGAUGAUACACAGGUUUUUGUUAAUGAGUCAGGUUUGUGCACGCAGGCUGUUUGAGAUACACGCGUAAGUGAUACCAAAAUGAAAUCUAAGUGAAAUUUGUAUGUAACUUUUAGCGGCCUCUAGACUAAAGUGACCGUUACUUUUGCUACUUAAACUUUAAGGGUUUCACAAUGUCCAAGUAUAGUACCGGAUAGCUAAUUAACAAAUAAAUUAACUGCCAGAUAAAACUUCAUGCAAAACUUACCACUUUAUCCACCAGUUAAGCUUAUUUGAAGAUUUUGAAACGCCAACGAUGACUUUAUUCGCAUGUAGCUUAUUCAGGAAUUUACUUGGACAUUGUUAAACAGGCCCUAAUUGUUUUUCCAUGUUUGCCAUCUUGUCCCGGUAAAGACACUUCGUUCUGAAAAUUCUUACUUACAUACAAGAAACUCACAAAUGUGUAAGCUAUAGAAAUUUAAAAAAAAUUGAAACAAUCACUUACAUUUCAAGAAAAUUUUUCAAAACAUUUUGGAAAUGGAAAUUUCGAACGCCAUACAAAAUAACAGAAGUUUCCUAAAUAAUUCCAUUUGGAAAUUUAGAAAAUUCGGAAACUUUCCGACGGCACAGUACAUGAAACUACGAGAAACACUAAAAAGCAAUUAAAUUCUCACCAUCAUCAGGAAAAAGAAACCAGAUUCCGUUCCAAGCUACACAUUAUCUGGUAAUUACUCUAUUUACCCUUAAUUAACACCCCUGCCUGUGAAGCCACCGGUAAUUAAAGUGAUACUAAAAUAAACAAUUCCACGGAAAUUACGAAUAAGAGCGUUUUACAUUGUACAAAAUCGGUUGUCCAAUACGACCACAAAAAAAUUAAAUUAAAAAACCGGCCAAGAGCAUGUCGGGCCAUGCUCUGAGUAGGGUUCCGUAGUUACUCUUCCAUCACAAUAAGCUAAACUGGAGCUUAAAGAAUGGUAGAUUGUUAACCAAGGGAUGAACUCUGGGUGUACGUCUUUUUACUAUGAAGGGGAAACUUUUUGCGAUAACUCAAAAACAGCUAAACUGAUCAUAUCCGCUAUAGUUUUCAUUUAAUGUGUUUCUUAAGCUCUACUUCCAAGAUUUUUUUCAUAUUUUUUGGACCUAUGGUUCAAAAGUUAGAGGGGUGGGGACACAUUUUUUGUUUUUUCUUUCGGAGCAAUUAUCUCCGAAUAUAUUCACUUAAUCAAGAAAUGUUUGUUGAAGACCCCUAUUCGUUUUUUCCAACGAUAUCCCACACUGUAGGGUUGAAGCAAAAAAAAAAAUUCACCCCCACUUUACGUGUAGGGGAGGUACCCUAAAAAAAUUAAAUUUUUAGAUUUUAUUGUACGACUUUGUCGGCUUUAUUGAUUUAUAUAUCCAUGCCAAAUUUCAGCUUUCUAGCACUAACGACCACGGAGCAAAGCCUCGGACAGACAGACAGACAGACGGACAUGGCGAAACUAUAAGGGUUCCUAGUUGACUACGGAACCCUAAAAAGCGCCUUUUAUAUUUAAGUACAUUAUUUAUUGUUUAAAUGUUUACCUUAAGAGACCGCAGCAACCUCGGUCGAAUUUUACUUUCCCAUAUAAACGGAGUUUCGUUCUCAUUUUAAAACUACGAAUUGGAUUGUAAUGAAAAUUGUCACAUAGGAUGAUAUAAGGUCUAAGGCCUGUGAUUAGUUUAUAUAGCUCCAGCUUAUAAAGUUAAAGUCAAUAUAUUCUUUAUUCAAAUAGGCCUAGCAACAAGCACUUUUAAAUCGUCAAAUUUUACAAAUAUCAUCUUAAUCUAAAUAUCAGAGCAAUUUAUUGACGCAGUUAUUAUUGUUCUAAAAAAAACAUUGAAUUAUUAUAGAUAUGGCAAACUUAAUAAUAAGAAUUCCACAAAAGGAUCGACAAACACCAUAGACAUAACCUCCUGAGACCCAGAAGCAAUUGUUUUGUUUUUGAAUUUGGAAUCCCUAGUUACACAGUAAAAGUUUAAAAUAUAGGUUUUGGAAUAAGUACAAAAAUUUGUACUCAGGAGGAUAAAACAAAGAAAAACAAGUUCUGCAUGAAAAACUUAAAUUCGUUGCAUUAUUUCAACUAUUCAAUUCAAUUCAAUGUUAUCUUUUGGUAUCAAUACCUUAUCCGUAAGUACUAAGUUUCAGACAAAUCUAGCUAGUCGUUUUAAAAUGAGAGCGUCACUAAGUUUGUAUGGAGACCCAAGCCUGCUGCGGACUCUUAAACUAUAAAAGAAAGAUUUGAUUCCAUAAGGCACUCUAGCUUUUCUCCAAAGGUCAUUCGACAUCCGAUGUCGGAUCGUACAAUGUGAAGACGCUUUAAGCCCCGCGAAGCCUUAUAAAGGACAAAUACUCGAAAUGAAGACGAAAGUGAAGCAAAUACUUGUACGUAAAUGAGCAGAAGCUUAGCCCGGUUGCGAAAUGACUAUUUUAUUGCAUUGACUGCAACAACGGAAAAGUAUAAAAUCGAAGUUGAAGUAGAUUUCGUCAGAAAGGUUUGCGUUUUUGCAAGGAAGAUUAAAAACUGACAUUAUACAAAAAUAUUACGAUACUAUAAGGACCUAAAAUGAUGAAACAGAUAUUCAUGAAUUUAUUGUCUCGAUACAUACCAGUCUGGAAUCAAAAGAACCCGAGUAUAGCGAACACCGCGCUGCGCCUUAUAUGUAACACCGGAAUAUGGCACUACCAAAGCUUAGGGCUUCAUUGGGUCGCCAAAUUCGCUAUCAUCUGCUUCAUAUCCACGAAUUUAACACAAGUUGCAACUCUGUUAAUAGAAAGGGAUGAUUCUACGCGAAUGUUCGAGACUUUCAGCGUCCUCUCCUUCUGCGGCAUGGGCACUUUAAAACUGUUCAACUUAUACACUAACAGAAAACGUUGGACUUCUAUAAUUUCUCAACUACAAUGUAUAGAACACGAACAGUUGCAUGGAAAACUUUUAUCGUGCAUUGAUUCUGACAUCGAAGAGGAUUAUUCCCCGCAAAUAAUCGCAAAAUACACGCAAAGACACACCUUUAUAUCAUCGGUUCUGUUAAGACUGUACAGUAUAACUGCAAUUGUGUUCAUAGCGACACCAUUCGUCGAAUAUGCGGUGACUGCAGACGCCAGCUACUUCCCUCACAUUUUACCAGGCUGGGCGCCAUUGGACAACAUUGGUUUCGCAGGAUACUUUUUGACGUUAAUCUUCGAGAUUGUAGCAUCAGUUUACUGCGUCUUUAUCCACGUGGCGUUUGACUGUACUUCAGUCGGGAUUAUGAUUUUCAUAUGCGGGCAGUUCUCGUUGCUCCGUCGAAAGACUGAGGACAUUGCUGGUAGCGGUGAGGACUGCAUGCCGAGUACGAUGAGAGAUGUUCGAGCCCAUCUUAAGAUUAUUGAGAGCCAUGGCACGCAUAUCGCACUUCGUACCGUCAUUAAGGAACUGGAUACAGUGCUUCGCGGCAUACUCGGUGUAUACUUCUUAGUUGCCACCCUGACCGUGUGCUCAGUGGCCGUAAGACUCAACUCCGAGAGCCUCAGCUUCAUGCAGCUCGUGUCUCUCCUGCAGUACAUGGCCGGCACCCUCACCCAGCUCUUCCUGUUCUGCCGAUAUGGGGAUGCCGUCUUUCACGAGAGCUCCUUCAACAUGGGCGAGGGUCCAUUCGGUGCGGCGUGGUGGUCUCUGUGCCCGCGCAUGCGCCGGCAACUGGCUAUGCUCGGCGCCGGCAUGAUGCAACCGCGGUCCUUACACGCAGGGCCUUUCAACAGACUCGACCUGCCCUCCUUCGUACAGAUCGUCCGAGCUGCUUACAGUUACUAUGCCGUACUUGGACAAACUUCUAAGUGAAGUUGCCCACUUUUGUGAAAAAUAAGUUUGAAUAAAUCUUCAAGAAGCGGGUAUUCGGGGUUCUCGAGGGUCAGCCACGCAUAAGUGGCUGACUAUAACAUAAAAAAUAAUAAACCUAGCGACACAGUAAUCACGUACGUCAGGAACGUGACUUUAAGUCAUAUAGCAAAUAGCGAUAGAGUCAGACCAAGCUAAGUUGGCAGCGAUUUUGAUAGCUCAGGCGCGUGUUACCGGUGGGGCGACAAUCCUCCUUUCGGCUCCGUUCGGCUCAGCAUUGCUCCGAGCAAUGAUUAGAGUUGGCACAACUUGACGUCCCUAUACGUGCACGACCACAGAUGACUUGAAUUUUGACAACCCUAAAUGACCGAAAGGGAUAGUGCCGUACAUUAGAAAGGGACAGCAUAAUUCGUCCCUGAAUCGCUGUCAAACUUCGGUUUUGUAGGAAGUGUCAUUUCUGUACGGUAGUACUAUUAUUUAUUCUGUGAAGUUACUUUAAACGUCAAACUUCUAAAAAAUUAUAUCGUUAACACUUCCACCGUCUGGUCUAUCAAAAUCGAUGCCAACUUAUCUUGGUCUGACUCUACUUAUUUUUAAGCGCCUGUGAUUUUCUUUAAAUAUUGUAUCUUUUGGUGCACUUACUGUAGAGCAAGUAAUAAAAACAGUUAUAUUUA